AUGUGCUUUGGGAGGUGUGCUAGAUACAUUGGGUACCAGCUACUAGUCCUUGCCUUGCUGUGCAUUGUGGCCAAUGUUUUGCUUUAUUUUCCUAACGGUGAAACAAGAUUUGCUGCACAUAAUCUCCUCGGCAAGUAUGUGGGCUGUCUUCAUGGCAUUAUAGGAGGAGGUCUUGUGGUUUUGGUUCCAGCAUUCACACUUAUUGGAUUAGAACACGAUCGUUGCCACGGCUGCUUUGCCCACGAACACUAUGGGAGGAAUUGCGCACCCCUGGUAGUAGUCCUGGUAGCCUGUAUUGGCAUUGCUGGUGCUGCAUACUGCUUCAUCAUUUGCUGUUUCGCCUUGUCCCAGGGCCCGUACUGUUUCUGCUGGCCUGAGAGAAUCUGGUGCUAUCCAUUCUCUAACUCCUACGGAGGGUACUUGCUCGAGCACAACAACUGGUCUCUUUGUCGGGAGCCAAAGUACAUUAUUCAGUGGAACAUAACCCUUUUUUCCAUCCUGCUGAUCUUGAGUGGGUAUGAAUUGAUUCUGUGUAUCCUUCAGAUAAUACAUGGCUGCAUUGGAGGUGCUUGGGCUAUGUGUCACGGUGAAAGAGAG